AUGGAGGGCUUGUUCUUCAACUCGUCCGCAGGUUUCCUCGAGGGAAUUGUUCGCGGCUACAAGGCCGGCCUCCUCACGCAGCCGCAGUAUGCCAACCUAACCCAAUGCGAGACGCUCGAUGACUUUCGCAUGCAAUUGUCCGCGACGGACUACGGCAACUUCCUCGCGAACGAGCCCUCACCCAUCUCAACGUCGACCAUCGCCGACAAGGCGACGCAAGUCCUCGUCGACCAGUUCAACUACUUGCGGAGCAAUUCGGUGGAACCGCUGAGCAAAUUCCUUGACUAUAUCACGUACGGGUAUAUGAUCGACAAUGUCAUACUGCUCAUCACCGGCACCCUACACGAGCGGGACACGCAUGAGCUUUUGGAGCGGUGUCACCCACUCGGCGUGUUCGAUACCAUGCCCGCCCUUUGCGUCGCGACGAACGUAGAAGAGCUUUACCACACCGUCCUCGUCGAAACCCCGCUCGCUCCGUAUUUCCGUGAAUGCCUCUCCGCCGCCGACCUCGACGACCUCAACAUCGAGAUCAUCCGCAACACGCUCUACAAGGCCUACCUCGAGGACUUUGACGCCUUCGCGUCCUCACUCGGAGGGCCGACCGCGGACGCGAUGCACGCCAUCCUCGCGUUCGAGGCCGACCGGCGCUCGAUCAACAUCACCGUCAACUCGUUCGGAACCGAGCUCAGCAAGGAGCAGCGCGCGCGCCUCUUCCCCACGAUCGGCCGGCUCUUCCCCGCGGGCAACAACGCGCUCGCGAAGGCGGACGAGCUCGACCAGGUCCGCCAGGCGUGCGAGGGCGUGCAGGAGUACCGCGCGCUGUUCGACGCCACCGGCGGCCCGGGGCAGGCGAACGGGGACGCGGACGCGUCGGCGCUCGCGGCGCAGCUCGAGGACCGGUUCUUCGCGACCGAGGUCGAGCUCAACAAGAAGGCGUUCCUGCAGCAGUUCCAGCACGCCGUCUUCUACGCGUACGUCAAACUCAAGGAGCAGGAGAUCCGGAGCAUCACCUGGAUCGCCGAGUGCAUAGCCCAGAACGCGCGGGACAGGAUACAAGAUUUCAUCCCCACCUUCUGA